UUGGAUUGUUAAAGGGGCUGUUGUUUGCUCUGGUGCAUGUUGAAGGCAUAGCUAGGUUUUGUCAUAUUCAGUUACACGUUGUGUGUUAUGAUUGAACUUCUUCUUUGUAUGCUAAUAAUAAAGCGCUAUAAUUUGUUGCGUGAGACCAACAGUAAUUAUAGAGAAAGGGAAACUUGGAAAAGCCGCGUCGAGCCAACUGCAUGAGUUGAGCAAUGUAGUGCGGCUGAGUUCUCGCUGAGUUUGCGCUGCCUGCUUCAGAGAAUCCAUCACAGAAACAAACCGCCCCCACCCACCGAGUGCCCCCGCUUCAGAUGCAACUCAAAAUACAUAAAGCCUCCAUGUUGCACAGGGAAUGUAGGGCCAGCAGAUAUGAAUUGUUUGCUUAAAAGUGUUCGCUAACUUUAACGUGGAACAUUUUUUUUUCUUUUUGGACAAGAACAAUCCUCCGACAGGCUUCCCAGUGUUUUCAACGUUAUUCCAUACACGGCCUCACGUUUUGGAUGAUCGGAGUUUCUCAGCUAGCUUAAUUCGCUACUUGCUAACUUUAGCUAGUUAGCAAUUCAACGUCGGUAGGUUUUAGGUUUUUAGCUCACAAAAACAUUUGUUUGCAGCGAUGAUAUCUUGCGGAGAGCCAUAAAUGACAGCCAUUCACCGGGUUCCAUUCACCACCGCGCUAGCUGGCUGGCUACCACCGCUGCCACAAGACUUCACCUCGGACAGUUGCCUAGCUUUGUGGGCUGGCUGGUCAUCCACCUCUUAAACAGCUAGCUAACUGUAGCUAGCAAACGAAGCGAGCGCGGUAGUAAGAAUAACAUUGUGGGAAACAAAACAGGAAUAACCACCCGCCUAAAUGGACCACACGUCCAUUAUAACCCAAGUUUCCAACCCGAAGGAGGAGGAAAUAAUAUCAUUUAACCAAGAAAAAGCAUCCCAGUCGAACAGCAGCCUAAAGAAGCAGAGGAGUCGAAGCAUCUUCAGCACAUUCCUCUGCUGCUUCCGCAACUACAAUGUGGAACCACCAGCCACCAACACCAACACCAGCGCUCUGCCUCCACCUGUUGAGGAGAACGGAUCGCCUCCCAAGUGUGACCAGGUCGAGGUCAUCCCUGUCCCUAGUCCACCAGCCAAAUACCUCCUACCAGAGAUGAUAAUAUCUGACUACGGCAAAAAGUGUGUGGUGAUUGACUUGGAUGAAACGCUUGUCCACAGCUCAUUCAAGCCUAUCAGCAAUGCUGAUUUUAUUGUUCCAGUGGAGAUUGAUGGUACCGUUCAUCAGGUGUAUGUGCUGAAACGACCCCAUGUAGAUGAGUUUCUUCAAAAGAUGGGAGAGCUAUUUGAAUGUGUGCUCUUUACAGCCAGUCUUGCCAAGUAUGCAGAUCCUGUGGCAGACCUGCUGGACCAAUGGGGCGUUUUUCGAGCACGACUCUUUAGAGAAUCCUGCGUUUUUCACAGAGGGAACUAUGUCAAAGACCUCAGCCGGCUGGGACGAGAGCUCAGCAACGUCAUCAUUGUUGACAAUUCACCCGCCUCCUACAUUUUCCACCCAGAAAAUGCUGUCCCAGUCCAAUCCUGGUUUGACGAUAUGAAUGACACAGAGCUCCUGGAUCUGCUGCCUUUCUUUGAGGGACUCAGCAAAGAAGAAGAGGUUUACGGGGUCCUGCAGGAUCUAAGAAGCAGGUAGCAGGACACACUACAGCACCACCUGUGCUCUCCACCCUCUCUGUCAAUCUCUGCCCUUUUCUACAGCCACAUCUCUCAGACUCAGGCAGAUCCUCCCACACGCGCCCCUCUUGUCUCUGCCCCAAGGGGACGCCCUGGAGUCUCACUGUGGAAACCUUCAUGUAACCCCGAAUCUGCUCUCACCUCCUGGGACUGGCUGCCUUCUGAGUGCCAUCAGAAAAAAACCCCAUAACACUAAAAAAAAUCCCAGGAGCACUGUGUUUGACAAAAGCCACACCAGAAAGUGUACAGAGCAUCCUAAGUUCAUAAUAUUGGGGACAAAAUGCUAAGAGGAAUGAACUCUGGUCUUUAUUUUCAAACCAACAAAAUUUUAUUAUUCGUUGAAGUGCUUGUUUGAAAACCAAAAAAAGAAAAAGAAAAAAAACCCAACUUAUUUCCUGAAACUUCUUUUGUGGUGCCACACAAAAGUCUGAAAAGAUUUCGUCCUCGCAUUGUUGCUAUGCAGGCAGUUUCUGGUAGUAGGAAGGACUGUGAUACUCUUUUCUUACUCACUGAAUGAAGUGCCUUGUGUGAAUGUUGUUUAUAUGGGGAGAUAUUUUGUACAUGGCAAGUCUCUUCACACACAAUAUGCUUUAAAGUGGACACAGAAGCAUCUUGACAAAGUUUUUACCUUAGUUUUUUUUUUUUUUUUCAUCAUCAAACGCUGGGUAAAUGUCUUAGUCAUAUGUCAUAGUAUUCUCUAUUUUUUUCCCACUAUGCUUGUGCCAUUAUAUAGAUAUGACUUUGAUUCUUUCUGCUUUCAUUAUAUGUAGAACUAGUUCAUUUGUUUUAGGCAAAGGAGUAUGUUUGCAAUAGUGAACAUUAUGCCCCACCUACAGGUACAGUAGUUCUUUGCUUUGAUACUCCAAUCUGAAAGCUAAGAUAAAAUUGUGCCAUUUAUUUUGUGUCUCUUGCAUUAUCCCCCUUAUCUCGUUUUAUUAUUGCCAAAUAACAAAAUUAUUUUUUAACAGACUUCAUAUCUUUAACAGGGAUUCAGCUAUAACUGUUAAACCAUUAGUAGUAAGUAUAGCAUUAUAGGUUUUAUUUUUUUGACAAAUAGUUGUCAAAUACAUUUGUAUGUUUUUAAUGUUAUGAAGUCCUUGUUUGUCAUGUUGUGCUUCUCAUAUGACUGGCUCUUAGCCCACAUUUUUUCCUUUUUUUUUUUUUUUUUUUUUUGGCACACAUGAGUGGUGCAGCUUUGUCCUUGGGGGAAUUCUCCAGAAUUUUACACAUUUGCAAAGGUAUCCCCUUUGUUUUUGCUUCAGAUGGUGUGGGAUCUUACAGUAAAUGGGUCGAGUGCCAUGUUUUUAUUUCUUCAAGAGGUUUGUGUCUUUUGGGAAUAUAGUUUAUAGUUUUGGACCGAGUCUGGACAGUGUUCAAGUCACACCGUUCUCUCCUGAUUUGCGUACGAUGUUGGCCCGCUCUCGUCCAGCCCUGGUGUAAAACCGGUGGAGACGAUGGGUGGUGUUUACCUUCCCAGACUCUCUUUAACUGCUCUUCACCUCAGUGCCUACAUUUUGAGUGGAGCCACACAAACCGAAUGCUGCAACAUUAGCUACCAUGGCAAUAACCUUUUCUGGGACAGUUUCCAUCCUAAGCGUUUAGUUUGGGUGUCUGGAGCACUUGACACAGCUAGCCAGUAAAGGUUUGGUUGACAGUGAAGGCUGGUCUGAUUAUUACAAUGACUUGGAGGUCUCUGACCUUCAAACAUUCAUUUUACUCAUUAUUUGUUCUGAAAACUGGGCACAUGCGUAAUUUAGUCCUUUUUGAAUCCAAAUUAAAUUAUUAGAAUGUCAAAAUGAUUUUUUUUUUAUUAGAAUUAAAAUACUGAUUAACUUAAAUGUUGCUUGGUCUAUUUCAGCCACAGCAGCCAAGCAAUCUUGUAUAGUGAAGUACAUUGCCAUCAGCUUUUGUUGAGGGUGGAAGUAAAAAAAGGACGCCUUCCAAACCUACAGAUGGGGGCUUAGUCUUGGCCCUUCCAGACAGCCUCCAGAUGCUAGGGGCCAGCUGUAAAUGAAACACUACUAGGGCACCGCAAAAGGACUGAAGAACCUCAUGAUGGCAUUGAUGCCUUACUGCCUGUGGAGGCACAAAGCAAUGUUUCUUCAUUAAUUCCAACGUUACAGCUACGCGUUUUCAGUGUCGUCUCAUUAGUAUUUUCUUAUGGAGUGUGAACACGGCUUGGCCAUGUAUGUAGACCAUAUUGGGUCAGGUGAAUUAACAUUGUGAAACAAGAAAUUGAAGCAUGAAGACACUCUCUGGGCCCAUCAAGGGAUUGUGCGCUCCAACAAACCUCAUUUGCUUUGUUGCUUGGUUUAAGGGUCAUGAUGUUGCAUUAAAAAGACCUACACUACAUCAUAAUUUCCUUUUUUUUUUUUUUUUUUUUUUUUUUCUCCAAGUUGAGAGGCUGCUGCUCCUUCAGGCGUAUUGAAAUAUUUUCUCUUGCAUAAGCAUUUGUGUUGGUGGUUUCAGUGCAAUGUCCUUUUUAUAAGAAGCAUUUGGCCGACUCUUCUCAACCUCUCAAUGAUUACCUUUCUCUGAAAAUGUUUGUAUCAUUGUGAUAUUUUUCUACCUACCUUUUAUCAGUAUUUGGUUUGAGAAGUUACAUAUUACCCAUUGUAUCCUGCUUUUUUUCCCCCCUUCUUUUCCAUUCAGAUUUGUAAUUUUCCUCUCUCUUGCCUUUGGCAAGGGUUCUCAGUCAGGUCUCGUCUUUCCUAUCAGGGGACGUGUGUGUGUGUGUGUGUGUGCACGCGCAUAUGCACAGGCAUCUUGUUUGUGCUUCCUUACAGUGUUUCUUUAUGUAUCACCUCACUCAUAAUCGCACAUUCAUCGUUUUGUAUUGAUUUAACGCCAAAGUUCCACAACACUUGAGUUCAAGUCACAAGUUAGUCACUUUUUUUUUUUAAAACACUUGUUGGUUCUUGUUGGCUUAGUUUGAGUGUUGGUUGCGUGUUGUCAUCCUGAACAUCAGUUUUUCUUUCUUUCCAUAAUAAAAGGCUUCAUUGAAA